AUGUGUACUAAUAAUAAUAAUAAUAAUAAUAAUACUCUCACUGGUAAAUUAAUCAUGAGAAAGAACAAGGAAGAAAGUAUUGAAAAGGUUUUCCAAUUAAUUAAUUUCGGAGGCUUGAAUGAAUCUGUUAGAGAAUUUGUUCAAGAUUUACCAUCUGCUACUUCUUCUGAUGAAGUGUUAUUAUCCACUUUCAAGAUCAAGGCUAUUGUUCCAUCUUCUGAGAAGAGAAAAACAAUUUAUAUAAUUAAUAAUGAAAAUGAUUUUUCUGAAAUGAUGAAAUUAAUUCAAGAAAUUCCACAAGAUAAACCAAUUCUUUUCAGAGUAAUGAAGAAGAAAUUGAAUCAUGAAAAGAAGGAAAGAAAGGAAAAGAAAGAAAGAAAGGUCAAACUUCAAUUGACUGAAGAACAAUCUCAAAGUCUUUCCGAAAAGAAGCAACAAAUUGAAUUAUUGAAAGAUGAAAUUAAGAUGAAGAAGGAACAAAUCAUGACUCUAAAAUUUGAAAUGAAAUCUUUGAGAAAGUCAUUCCAUCCUGUCAAUGUUAGCAUUGACUCAAAUGUUCCAUCUACUAUUAAGUCAUCUCCAAACAAGGAAGAAAGACUUAAACUCAAACUUGAAAAGAAGGAAGAAAAGAAAGCAUUUAAAUUGGAAAAGAAGUUGAUCAAAGCUCAAUACAAGCUUGAAAAGAUUGCAUUGAAGAAGCAAAGAAAGCAACAAGGAAAUACUUCUACUCAACCAGAAACUGUUUCAACUACCACAACUUAUAGUGAACCAACUGUUCCAAUUAACGUACCUAUUGUUGAACCAGUAAUUGUUACUGUACCACCAGUUCAACAAGUAUCAACUGAACCAGUUUCCAACAAUGCUGAUAUUGUCACACCAACUGUUGAUGAAAAGCUCUUGUUGAAACUCCAAAAGAAGGAACAAAAGCAUGCUUGGAAAAUGGAAAAGAAACUUGAAAAGCAAAUAAUCAAAGCUCAAAGAAAAUUGGAAAAACAAGCUCAAAAGCAAGAGAGAAAGGAAAGAAAAUUGUUGGAAAAGCAACAAGUUGCCACUCCUUCUCAAAAUUAA